CGCGAGCGAUGGAGACCAUUUGGAUCUACCAGUUCCGCCUCAUCGUGAUCGGGGACUCCACCGUGGGCAAGUCGUGCCUCCUGCACCGCUUCACCCAGGGCCGCUUUCCCGGGCUGCGCUCGCCCGCCUGCGACCCCACCGUCGGCGUGGACUUCUUCUCCCGCCUGCUGGAGAUCGAGCCGGGCAAGAGGAUCAAGCUGCAGCUCUGGGACACGGCGGGGCAGGAGCGGUUCAGAUCCAUAACUCGAUCUUAUUACCGCAACUCAGUCGGUGGAUUUUUAGUAUUUGACAUUACGAACCGACGAUCUUUCGAACACGUGAAAGACUGGCUGGAAGAAGCCAAAAUGCACGUACAGCCGUUUCAGAUUGUAUUUCUGCUAGUGGGACACAAAUGUGAUUUAGCUUCACAGCGUCAAGUGACAAGGGAAGAAGCUGAGAAGCUGUCAGCAGACUGUGGUAUGAAGUAUAUAGAAACCUCAGCAAGGGAUGCCACAAAUGUUGAGGAAUCCUUCACCAUCUUGACAAGAGACAUAUAUGAGCUCAUCAAGAGGGGAGAGAUUUGUAUUCAGGACGGCUGGGAAGGGGUAAAAAGCGGGUUUGUUCCGAACACUGUGCACUCUUCUGAGGAAGCAGUGAAGCCCAGGAAAGAGUGCUUCUGCUGACUGCAGACGUGCCGAGGAGCUACCAAGAACAGGCGGGAGUCGUCUCAGGACUGGUACCAACAUGAACAGGAAAGCGAUGCAAUGAAAGCAUUAAAAAAAGUGAUAGGCCCAUGUGAACACUGUUUUGCAAGGUGUUCGAUCUGGAGCACUUAUGCUUACUUGUUACACCGCAAGACUGGGUAUUUUGCUAAAGUAUCAGGCAAAGCAGACAACUUUUUCUUGAAACUACCAAAAUUACCCCCAUUCUCACUUUGUUAGUAUAUAGCUGAACUUAAUGUCCAAAUAUGUCAAUAUAACUCAUUUUUCUUGACAGUUUGAAAUGGAGUUUUUGUGCACAUACGGUCUGAUUGAAAAGAUUUUAUCAGGAAUUACAUUCUCUUGAGUUCACUUAGUAACAUUGGAUGGUAAAGUAGAUUUAAGAAUGCGCCGUUCACUUACAAAUUAAACAAUCUCAGAGGUAUCAACUACGCUAAAGUAGCAGUUCCUUCUUUAAGGUACCAGGUUUUUAUCCAUUCUCUGAAAUAUUUAUCUUCCCUUAAUUUUGCCGAACAUAAGAAAAUUAGUUUUGUACUCAUUUUUGUUCUCUGAUUUAUUGCUCCUGAAAAUUUUAUGGUUUUUGAAGCUAUGCAAGGAUCCAAGCAAAAUAUUUUAUUGCAAAUAUUUGUAAAGAUAAAAACAAAGGACCACUUAUGAACAGAGGUUUUGAUGCUAUAAUAUACUGUCCUUAUUCAGACAAGAAAAACAAAUGUAUUUCUAUACUGACAUUUUCAAAAAAGUAAAUGCAGUUUACCUUGAACUAUUGUCAAAAUUAUCAAUAUAGGUAAAUAUAGAAUGCUUUUAGUAAUAGCUUUUUUGCCCAAGUAAAUUUCUAAAUUUCCCCAUUUCCAAUACAACAUGAGUGUAAGAAAGAUUUUUCUGGUUAGUUGGUUAGACGUUUGGUACAUUUAGCAUUCAAUUUCUAUUUUACAUCUCAUCAGUAAAAGUAAAGAUAAAAUCAUGAAUCAAGGCUGCAAAAUGACUUUUGAGUGUCUUAAUUUUUAACUUACUGGUUAAAUUCCCAUCCGGGUAGGGACAUUUUGAUGCAAUGUCAAAUUUUAUAUAAUAUACAUUUCUAUUCUGUUCUGUAAACCAUUCCUAUUACAAAGGGGCACCAUGAAGCUGCCUUUUUGGAAUCAUGAGGUUUUUACUGUUAAACUGUAGUAGCUUCAUUUUUUUU